AUGGGCUCAAUCCAAGAAACGACUUUCACCAUCCCCAAUCCUUUCCGGACCCGCAUUCUCAAUGGCGAGAUCACUCCUCUCUUGUCUAUCAAAUACAUGGUCGGCAAUGAAAUUGCCAUGAUGGCCAAAAUGGCCGGUUUCCACGCCGUCUUCAUCGACAUGGAACAUUCAUCUCUCGACAUGCGCACCGUGGCCCAGCUCAUCCUGGCCUGCAACUAUGUCGGAGUUUCUCCCGUCGUUCGCUCCCCUUCCAAGUCUCACUGGCACAUCAGUCGCAUUCUCGACGCGGGUGCUGCCGCUGUCGUCAUCCCCCACAUUGAGACUGUGCAGGAGGUUCGCGAUAUCGUGCAUCAUGCCAAGUACGCACCGCUCGGUGCUCGCGGAUGCACGAAUAACCAGCCUGUUUUCAACUUCCAGCACGUCCCUACUCUCAAGCAGAAUGAGGCAAUGAAUACCCAGACUAUGCUCAUUCCAAUGAUUGAGACUCCUUGUGCUGUGGAUAUUGCGGAGGAAAUCUUCGCUAUUGACGGUGUUGACGGUGUUCUGAUCGGCUCCAACGAUCUGUGUGCAGACCUGGGCUUUCCGGGGAAGUAUGACGACCCGCGGUAUCUUGACUCGGUUACCAAGGCUAUCAACGCAGCCAAUAAGUUUGGAAAGCCAAUUGGUAUUGGAGGUAUUGGCGGACGACUUGACCUUCUGGAGAAAUGGUUCUCCAUGGGCGCAACUUGGUCGUUGAGUGGCGCUGAUGGCGCCAUCCUUCAGAACGGGAUGAAGAAGAUCGUACAGAACUAUGGUGAAAUCAGCUCAAGGCUGGAAAAGAGCAAGCAAUAG